AAGGCGCAGAUCGACGUCAAAGUUGAGGAGAUCUACGGCCCCGAGGCGUGCGACGGCGCCGCCGGCGCUGCGACGGCGCAGGUCCGGAAGGAGCUGAGAGAUAGGGAGGCCGCGCGCGUUGAGCGCACGAGGAAGCGAAAGGCUUGGCGGGAAACCGAGUUCGCCAACGAGCUCGGAAAUGUCGAGCGCGAGGAGAAGCGGCUGCGGACCGCCGAGAGGGAGAAGGACGCGGCGGACCGCGCGAAGGAGGCGACGGAGCUGCAGGAGAAGUCCGAGCAGGAGCAGGCGGUCGCAAAGAUGGAGGAGGCCGGCAUCGUGCCGUCGGCGGCCAUGCUGCACCCCGAGGGCAGGAAGCUGGUCGAGCUGGUCAACCGGGUGCAGGCCGAGCCCCGGGCGGACCUCUUCAAGAUGGAGAUCGAUGUGAACUAUCUGCGCACCGAGAAG